AUUUGAUCGCCUAUUAAGUUACAUAUAUUUCGUUUGGCAAAUCCGGAGUUGCGUAAACCCCUACUGUGUAACACGGUGAUACCUUGCGAGCAAGUGCAUACCACAGAAGUUACAGACGAACAUGCAAUCAGAACAAACUGCAUCAGAGCCGGGCGUCAACGCAGCCGCAAGCACGUCGACCACCGACAAGAAAAAGGAAUGUCCGAUAUGCGUGAUGUUUCGAGAGGGAGGGUGCGAGCAGGAGUUUAACAAUUUCAUGGACUGCGGUGUGCGGGGAGAAACUGGAGAUGGAGAUUAUAAGGACUGUAUCCCUCUGUUUGAGGCGAUGCGGCUAUGCAUGCAACGAAACCCGGCAGUGUUUGGCGCCGUGCUAAAUGACGUAGAGGAGCUUGCCAAGACGAACACCGAGUACCCACCACCUGUAGACGCCAACGCAGCAAGCAGAUGAGCCAGCAUUACGGACGUCUGGGCUGUUCUGGGUGUCCAUGGUCCUAUGCUUGCAUAGCUGUAAGGUCUUCCACGAUGUUCGUGAGGCAACUUAACCUGCAUACCGGUUUCGGACCCUAUGUAUAUAUUUAGCGCUAUUGAUGGACUGCCGGACUGGCACGAACCUAGCAGAUGGAGGCGUUGCCCUGGGGCCAUGUAUCCCUAUGGAACUCCCAUGGGGCCUCACCUUGGGUGUAUCCUUCUUGAGCGGUCACUACACGCAACAAUGUGGAACGGUGGCGACUGUGCGUCCAUCAGAUGGGAGUCCCGCUGGCAGUCAGCUCGGUUUCAUGGCUGCCACUGUGUCAGGGCUCGCUUUCAAGGCUGGCACUGAUGCAGCCUGCGAUUUUAAACAGUUGGAGGGAUAGCGGACUCCCCUUCAACUGUAGCGCACUGAUAGAGGGGGGACAUUGGUGGCAUGCUGUAAGACAGAUUGCGUGCGUUGGUACUGGGAAGUUCCUCUUGCCCGCGCAGUAACAACAUUAAUUAGGACAUUCCACGGCCGAAUGGGCAGCCGCCAGACCUAGAGAUUGGCAGUAGUAAGGGUACCGGACAAUGACUGCCACAGCCAAGGAGGCUUCGGCGUCCUGUACGGCGACCAAGUAACGCACUGCGAUAUACCUCUUUGUACAGAGGAGGAAAUUGUAUCUUACACUUCCCAUUACCAAUCCAAUUAUUGUUCCUGCCACGGGGGCCCAACCAAUAAAAAGGCAUUGCUGUAGUACGCUGCCAUUUGUGCGCAUAAAGAGCGCUGCUCGACAUAUUGCCUUUAUUUACACGACUAAGAGCAGGGUAACAACUUAAUUGCGAACAUGGCUCUCCGCACUAUUCCUGGGGUGUCUAUGCGCGCUAUUCCUGGGGUGUCUAUCCUUGCACCGGUCGCUGCCGGGCAUGGGGGCAUUUUGACACCACCGGCCCAGGAGUUCGUGGCGACGCUACACCGCGCAUUCAACCCACGCCGCAAGGAACUUCUAAAGCGCCGCGAUGAUCGCCAGAAGGAGCUCGACGCGGGCAGGCUUCCAAACUUCCUGGUGCAAACUGCUGCCAUUCGCGCCGACCCGAGUUGGCGCUGCGCCCCCCCCGCACCGGGCCUGGUGGACCGCCGUGUGGAGAUCACGGGCCCCGUUGACCGCAAGAUGGUCAUCAACGCCCUCAAUUCCGGCGCCACUCAGUACAUGGCUGACUUUGAGGACUCACACGCCCCCACCUGGAUCAACACCCUGGACGGCCAUGUCAACAUGUGUGAUGCCGUCCGCCGUACAAUCAGCUACACCGCCCCCAACGGCAAGCAGUACAAGCUCCGUACCGACGGCAAGCUCGCCACCCUGCUUGUCCGCCCCCGCGGCUGGCACCUGGAUGAGGCCCACUUCAUGGUAGAUGGCGAGCCCUGCUCCGGCUCGCUGUUCGACUUUGGGCUGUUCUUCUACCACAACGCGCGCGCCUGCCUGGACGUGGGCCUGGGCCCCUACUUCUACUUGCCCAAGAUGGAGAGCCACUUAGAGGCCAGGCUGUGGAACGACGUGUUCAACACGGCUCAGGACAUGGUGGGUCUGCCACGCGGCACCAUCCGCGCCACCGUGCUGAUCGAGACGCUGCUGGCGGCGUUUGAGAUGGAGGAGAUCCUGUACGAGCUGCGAGACCACUCGGCAGGUCUGAACUGCGGUCGCUGGGACUACAUCUUCUCCUUCAUCAAGAAGCUGCGCAACCACAAGGAGUUCGUGCUGCCCGACCGCGCCUCCGUCACCAUGACCUCGCCCUUUAUGGACGCCUACGUGCGCCUGCUCAUCAAGACAUGCCACAAGCGCGGCGUCCACGCCAUGGGUGGCAUGGCUGCUCAGAUCCCCAUCAAGGACGACCCGGUUGCCAACGACGCCGCGCUUGCCAAGGUGCGCGCCGACAAGCAGCGCGAGGUGACUGCGGGCCACGACGGCACCUGGGUGGCGCACCCCGCGCUGGUGCCCGUCGCCAUGGAGAUCUUCAACAAGCACAUGCCGCAGCCCAACCAGCUGCACGUGCGCCGCGAGGACGUCAAUGUGACCGCCGCCGACCUGCUGGACGUGCGCGGCGGCGCGCUGCUGGCGGAGGCGGGCAUCACGGAGAAGGGGCUGCGCGACAACAUGAGCGUGGGUCUGGCCUACAUGGAGAGCUGGCUGGCGGGUGCGGGCUGCGUGCCCAUCCACAACCUGAUGGAGGACGCAGCAACCGCGGAGAUCAGCAGGUCGCAGCUGUGGCAGUGGGUGCGCCACGGCGCGCGCACCACCGCCGGCACCGAGAUCACCGCCGACUACGUGAUGCAGCUGCUGCGGGAGGAGCUGGCGGCGCAGGAGGCCAAGAUGGGCGCUGAGAAGUUCGCCGCCUCCAAGUACCCCCUGGCGGCGCAGCUCUUCUCCAGCACCAUCACCGGCGGCCCCUACAGCGACUUCCUCACCACCCUCUGCUACGACCACAUCGUCACCAAGCCCGACACCACCCGUAACAUGGAUGUGGCGAGCUUGGACGCCGCCUGGGCGGCAUCCCCCGAACUGGUCACUGCCAACAGCGGAAACUAAAACUAUUGGGGGCGGAUUGGGGCGUGGUCUGAUGAACAGUUUGGAGUAGGAUGCUGGCCUGGGUUGGUAGGCUGCUGCGUGAUGCGGGUGAUACGUGGGGUGCGGCAACGUGGCAGUGGCAGCGUGUUUGAGUUUCGUGAUUGAGCGAGCGGUUGAUGAGCGGUUGAGAUGUACUUUGCGAUGAUGUUCGUACAACUGAUACAUACGGUACCGUGCUUGGAGAGGAGCGGUGAACUUGAAAAGAUGCGCAGAGAGGCUGUCUGUCCGAGGGGUAAGAUAAAAGGGCCCGCGAAGAAGAAGAAGAACAUACUGUGAUUGAUGUUGGAAGAUGAGUGGUAUGCGUGUAUUUAAACAUGGAGAGUGACAGCUGAAUUUGAACGUUUUAUUGGUUCCAAAGUACGAUAAUGCAGGUGGAGAGCUGUAACUGAAUGGAAGCGCUGCACCCAUGCACGCCAUUGGGCUUCUUGCGUUUGAUAAUCCUCUGAGCGUCGUAUAACUUGAAUGUGAGUGUGAGUGACUACCGGUAUUGUACUGUGAGUGUGAGUGACCUUCCCUAGUUUCAGGCCUGGUUGGCAGAUGUCAAUCUGCACGGGCCUGCAGCAACGUAAGCGCUGUAACAUACCCUGUGCG